AUCAGCAACAUCUAGCGUCCCCCCAGCUCCCAUCGACUCCCAUGUUGAGAAGUGCACCUUUGCCUGAGGCUACGCCACACUUCCACGAGCAUCUUCAAGACCCUGCUUUACAGCAGUAUUGGGCUCAAUUAUCUAACCACCCGUAUCCUUUGCCUCCAUUGCAUCAACAGGGUGGUAUCUCUUCAGGCUUCCCCUAUGACAGUUUCAGUUUCCCUGCCCAACAGGCGGUUGACACAGGUAACUCAACGCAUCAGCGUGAUGCAUACAAUACGCCCCCUGGGUUUUCAUCUUCCCUCGUCCAUCCCGUCGACCACUCACAACCAGUGUACUCCAUGCACCAAGAAUUUACGCUUCAGACGCACCCGUACCCUGCUGGCUAUCCGCCAAGUCUGCCUGUAUCCACAGGCACUCACCUCUCUGGACAGCCGGACUUGGGAGAUGUAUCAGUACCAGACCCUGCUUUCGGUCGACUGAGCAAUUUCGGAAGCAGAGAAUAUUUUGAAUAUCCUCUCGAUAUCACCUCCGAUAGCCACAUGUCGUCAUCCAACUCCGUUAUUUUGCGGUCCAUGGGUGAAGACCGAGGCCCAGUUUCACAGCUUUCUCCGAUUCGCGAGAUAAGCCUCCGUUCACAAUUCCCCCCCGUAGAUGGCUUUCAAUCAAGCCCCCGUGGCGCACCGUCGCAGAGACCCAGCCCCGUGAUUUUUAGCUUGGGCAACGAGUAUCCCCCGUAUAGCCACCCGACCCCUGUGGCGUCAGUAGCGAGCGACAGCCAUUUAAAUGCAGGUCCAUUGUCUGUUAAUCCUGCCCUAUCGGGUAGUUCAUCAGGUACGGCCAAUAGGCCGUCAUCGAGCUCUCCGACUACUAAGCGUGCUCCAGACCCGGAUAUUUUAGACGUUCAAGCCCAGACUGGUCGACGAGUGAUUCCUCGAUACGAAGGUUCUAGCGAUGCUGGCACCAGCUACAAUAUGACUGCAGUGCCAUCCAGUGCAGGAUUUAUUGGUCCUACUGUCCCACGUAUGCCAUAUUCUUCGCGCGUAUUUAGCACUACCUCUGGUGCGCAGGGUCCCAUCCGGUUUUAUUUUGCUGACCCACGGGAAAAUGGAAUCCCACUCCGCGCUGAUUUCACGAGGCGAGCUGACAAGAUGGAAGGACACGAAGUGCAUGUCUUAAACGAUGCAUCCUCAAGUAUCACUCUCCGUAUAGAUUGGCCUGGAUAUGAUGCUUGGUCACGACAGGUACGCUCGAAAAACUGGAGGAAGAAGCCUGGUCCUCUCACCCGCGUCGAGCUUGCGAGGAGAGUUGCUAGUGCGGUGCAGGAGUUCAUUGAGGAAAAACAAGAUGAGCCGGUUCCAGCCGCUCACGCGCGAUGGAAAGUGGGUCCUGACGGCAUCAGAGAUACAGACCUUGUGCUGGUGGCAUUGCAUCAGGUUUCCAAGGGGAGCUGGCAGCCGGAAGUCCGGCUUAAUCGACCCCUUGGUCUUCGCUGAGAAUAUAUCGUCUAACGUCUCAUUCCGUGCCCCCGUCAUGAUUGUGUUUAAAACAUUUAGCCCGCAUCCUUACAACUCGAGUUCAUACGCUUCCAACCCUCCGUUCAUCUAAUGAUAGAGAAGAUCACUCAGCAUUGCAAUCAUCACUUUUCCAUUCAUCCAUCCAUCCAGCCAACUCGUUUUUGUUCUUUCAGUUAAUAUUAUUUCUUGGCAUAAAAUACUCGGCUAUUUUAUACUUUUUUCUUGGUCUCUAAGCAUGUAGCAUAAUUUGUUCAUAUCACAAUGAAAAUUAUAUUUGAACCUCCA